AUGUGCGCGCUCUUCCCUGCGAGCAAGCCCCGCAGAGCAGAGGAGCGCGCGCGCGCCCUGGACGGUGCGCGCAGCAGAGCGCACGCCGAAUGCGCCCAGCCGCUUCCAGCCGCCGCCUCCUCCUCCUGCGCGCCGCAUUACGGCCACUCCGCCUCCCCGUCCAUUCGCGGCAGCCAAUCGGGCUCCCGCGAUCCGGAUGCAGCGGCGACUCCGCUUCCAGCCACGUGGUGCGCCCGAUCCCCUCCUCUCUCUCGCCAGUUCCGCGGCUCCUCCCGACGUUUCCCCUCCGACGCCGCGUCCCAGUGAAGCCGCUUUCCGGGGAGGGUCCGCGCGCGCGCUUCUGCGCUUGGAUCGGCUUCUUCCGCGCCGCCGUGCGCGCAGCCAGCAGCCUCAUCCCCUCGGCUCGGGGGGCCCCCGCGGUGGACAUGGUGGGCUUCGCCGUCCCCGCAGAAGUCAGCGUGCUCCUCCUGGACAUCGAAGGCACGACGACACCCAUCGCGUUUGUCAAGGUGAAGAUUUUGGGUGGGUGGAGGCAGAGGGAGCAGUCGGGUGCGCAUCUGACACUGGUUUUUUUUGGGGGGGAAGGUUUGGAUCGGGCCGUCGGAAGCCGCAGCCUGCGCUCCCCCCAACUCCCUUGGGCGCAGGUGAGGCCGCUUUCCCCUUCCGAGUAAACAAUCGCUGGUGCACAUUCGCGAUCUGUGCGCCUCCCCACAUUCGCUUUUCUUGGCACGGGUAUGGCAGUUUCCCUCUGUAAUCACAUAACGUUUAGCAUCUGCGUUUAGGGAAACCUGGACGCCUGGAGAAAGAUACAAAGCAACAUUUUAAGAAAGUUGACAGUAGCAGAAUGCUGAGUUUUGUUCUGUUGAUCUGUGAAAAGCUACCGAAAGGGUCUAUAGAUUUGUUGGCCUGGGGGGGCAUUGCAAAAACACAUGGUAAAAACAGGCACUCCCCACCCCCUCUGCUGCAGUUGUGCUGUUUUAUCUGUAAGACAGUUUUUGGGCUAGAAUGAUGGGGAGCUUAUCCAGUGCUAUUUCAGGAAAAGAUUUCACUACUUUGUGACUUAAUCUUGAGAGAAUGUGGAAUUAAAUGUAAGUACUUUUACCACAGUGUACUUUAAAAAAAAAUCCUUUUCAUGUGAACAUCUCAUGGUUAUAAUAAACACCAUUCUCAGCUCCAUUCCCAGUGAUCUGUUAGGGUAAUAACCACCCACAAUUUAGUCGAGAGGACAUGUUUAAAUUGUAAGCCAAUAUUUUUUUGCCGUAAAAAAUAGAUUUUUUACGUUUGGGGGGAGAAAAUGUCAAACUAUCCAGACUGGUCCUACGAGGGCCAGAAAAAAGCCUCAGGGCAGGGAAUCUGCCUUCUUGAAUUUUGUACAACACCGCGCAUGCAUAUGGUGGCAUACACAUAAAUAGUAUUGUUGCAUGUGCUUUUGUAGCGGGGACCUUAUUUAAUUGCAUCAAGCACUACUGCCUGUUGUCAGAUAUGUAAUACGCACACACAUGUACACAGACACAUCCAGAGAUUUGUUAAACAGAAGGGGCAAAAGGCCAUGAAAUGUAAAUACAGUAUAUGAGCUUCCUCUGUUGCUUUGAAUUUCUGGCCUCUGCAGUUUGCAUCAUUUUUCUUUACCCAUGUUUAUAAAUUUGCCAGCAGAGAAUAACACUUAACGCACCUGCAGAGGGUUAUAAAUCCACAAAAGGUGAUUCUACAUCUGUUCAGUUUAAGAUGACACAGGGUUCUCUUUCAGGGCGGUGUUCACUAUACUACUGCCAUUAAAUGUCACGGGGGAAAUGUCAGUGGUAAAGCACCUGUUUUGCAUGCAUGCAGAAGGUCUCAAAUGCAAUCCCUGGCUUCACUGAGUAGGGCUGGGAAUUUCCUCUGCCUGAAACUCUGGAGAGCCAACUACCCACCAGUGUGGACAUUACAGUGGUACCUUGGUUCUCAAACGCCUUGAUACUCAAACAACUUGGAACCCAAGCACUGCAAACCCAAAGUAAGUGUUCUGGUUUGCGAACUUUUUUCAGAUGCCAAACGUUCUCUGUUCUGAGUGUUACACUUCCCGAUUUGAGUGCCACGCUUCCUUUUUGAGUGGCACACUUUUGUUUUGAGUGCCAUACUUCCGUUUUGAGGUCUCUCUGUUCUUGCUAUUUAUUUUGCAUUUUUGUUUUUGCGGCUCUUUUUGUUUUGUUUUUGUGACUGUGUGGAACCCAGUUCAGCUACUGAUUGAUUGAUUGUGUGACUGCAGUACAUGGUUCAUUGCUUUCAUUUUAUGGAUCAAUGGUCUCGUUAGAUAGUAAAAUUCAUGUUCAAUUGCUGUUUUAGGGGUUGCUUUUAAAAGUCUGGAACAGAUUAAUCCAUUUUGCAUUACUUUCUGUGGGAAAGCGCACCUUGGUUUUGGAACGGACUUCUGGAACGGAUUAAGUUUGAGAACCAAGGUACCACUGUACUGGACUAUGUGGCCCAAAAUGGACACAGUAUAAGGCCUGUGUUUCCCAAGUGAAGUCAUUUGGGACUGGGCUUCUGUGUAGUUAAAAUUUUUAAUAAAUACCCAAAGGGACUGAAAGCCCUGUACAGUGAUACCUCGGGUUACAUACGCUUCAGGUUACAUACGCUUCAGGUUACAGACUCCGCUAACCCAGAAAUAAUACCUCGGGUUAAGAACUUGGUUUCAGGAUGAGAACAGAAAUCGUGCUCCGGCAGCAGGAGGCCCCGUUAGCUAAAGUGGUGCUUCAGGUUAAGAACAGUUUCAGGUUAAGAACGGACCUCCAGAAUGAAUUAAGUACAUAACCAGAGGUACCACUGUAUACCAUUGCCUUCUUUUUUUUCUAAGUAGAACAAACACUUCAUAAUCUUAAGAAUUUAGGGCUGCUAUUUCUUCUGCUCACACUCCUGCUAUAUAAACGUGAGUUAGCUGAGAGCUGUCACCUCAAAUACUUAGGAAAUUAGGUCACAGUUACACAGUAGGCUUCCUACUGACACUGUAUUUUGCCUUAACACAUACACACAGAGAGAGAAAGAGAGAACUAUUAUUAUUGUGCCAGAAAUGGUCUUUCUGGCAUUCAGAAGUUUGUUUGAUGCUUUCUGGUCCCUCCUAUUGACUUCAUUACCUGGAACGCCACCUCAAAUGAAUCCCCAGCUUUGCUAAUAUAAUAACUGCUAUGUUACCCGUUUCUUCUGUCCUCUAGCGCUGGGUUUCUCAAACUUGGGUCUCCAGCUGUUGUUGGACUACAACUCCCAUCAUCCCUAGCUGGCAGAGCCAGUGGUCAGGAAUGAUGGGAGUUGUAGUCCAACACAGCUGGAGACCCAAGUUUGGGAAACUCUGCUUUAGCAAAACCUGGUCUGGGAGUACAUGAACAGGUGUUAAGAGGAGCUUCUUGAGGGGAAAAGAGGCCCAUUGCCCAGGAAAGCUUAUUAAAGGAGGAGUUUAUCCUUUUGAACCAAAUUGGCCUUUUUUAUUCUCAAAGUAACCUUAGAAUUUUGAGGGACUAGGAGUCUCUUUUGAGAAUACUUUUUUUCUCUCCAAGUUGAUUUUUGCAGCACGAGCAGCCAACCUUGAACUUGAUUUCCUACCUGACUUGAAGGCUGCAUCAUUUGUCAAUUAGCAGGUCCAUUGCCCCUGGACAUGAACUGCGAAUGCCAGACUUUUUGUUCCCUGUUUAAUUGGCUGCGCCCAGUCUAGCGGUUCCUUAAAUUGGCACUUAUCCUGAUACUCAGUAAUAGCAGCUAUUAACACCUCAUCUCCAGCUGUCCUAUUGGAGCUUCGGUCCCAACACUCCCAAGAAAUAUCCCGAAAUGCAGGCAUCUGUAUUGACGCAUUAUUUAAACAUGCAUACAAGCAUCCCAAGAGCAACAGUACAUAACACAAUACCCAGUUGAUUAGGAUCAGCAUGUGUGCAAUCCUGUGCAAUGGUUCCUAGGAACAAACUCCAUUGAACUUGGUGGUUCUUGCUUCCAACUGCAUAGGGUCAACUUGUGAAACAUACUGAACCACAAAAAAAGGUUCAUCCAGCUGUAGCUUUAAUUAGAAAUGCAAAACAACCUUGCAAAGAAACGUUACCACUGCUUGUGUGAGGCUGUACCCCCAUUGAAUAAAAGGAAAGACGGAUCUAGCCUCUGCUUAUCCUUUUUAAUUCUCUGUGCUUAUGCAUCGUAAGCAAGCUUGAAAACCUCAUUAUUGCCAGAGGAAGGAGGGCCUGCCAGUUAGCCAGGUGAUCUAGCAGAUGUUGCCAUCAUUCCUGUUCUGAAAAGUGUCUCAGAGCUACACUUCCCUGCAUUUCACUCUUGACCAAUAGUAGAAGGAGUGGAGGCAGCCGUGAUGCUCCCCUGGCUUCCUAACAGCUGAGUCAGUGCUGGUUACAGAGAAGGAGAGGGUGGGGGGGUUGUGAUGUUAACAUAUUAGAGUGCUGGAGGUGAAAUAGUUAAACAAGUUACCCAAUCAGAACCCAGGGGGUGGAGUCAGAGGGAGGGGCGAAGGGAGGAUUUUGUUGGGAGUUGGGUGGUUGGUUGGAGUGGGAGUGAAUUGGGAUAAAGUCUGUGGGUAGGUGGAGUUAGUGUAGAGAAAUAAGUUGAGUCAGGAACACUUAGAGUCUAGGAAGACAAGUAAAUAACUGAGAGGUGGUUUAGUGAGUGAGAGCAGGUAGCGGAAGUUAUAGGUCUGGACAGGCAACCCAUGAAUGUAAUUGACCAAUACCGUUUAUGAAACCACAUGCUUGUUAAACUGCAAUAAAUAAACAGAAGUUUAUGUUCCAAUUUAACCCUGACUGGACUCAGUAUUUUACCAGGUAGGGCCUGGGUGGUGGUAGCAAGAAAUAAAGUGGUGGCACAGGGAUCAAUAGACGGUGAAACGUCCAGGGAUCCUCUGUGAUCGCCACAGGGGUCAGCAUGGUGCAAAUGCACUGCCAGCACCAAUCCAGCGCUCCUGCCAUUGCAUUUUCACCACGCCUGUCUUCCCACCACUUUGCCCCUCUCCUUCCCUGGAAGCAGCAGGGCCUCUGCUGUCAGGAGGUCAAGUGAGGGCUGUCCCAGCACCCUCAUCCACUACUACUCUUGGCUAAUUCUCCAUCGAACGAUGCAUUUAACCAAAAGGCACACUUGAACGGUUGCAGGCUGAAGGCUUUGCACUCAUGUGCCCUUCUGUAAUACCAGGAAUUGGAACUAACAGGGCGAGGAAGAGCACGGGAAGCAAAUAUGCUUUGUCGUUUUUAAAUGUUAAGAAUAUCAGUUGAAUUGCAGCGGGGCAUCACCUGCUCAUAACUUUAUACAAUGGUACCUCGGUUUAAGAACAGCCCGGUUUAAGAACAACCCGGUUUAAGAACUCCGCAAAACCAAAAAUAGUGUUCUGGUUAGUGAACUUUACCUCAGUCUACGAAGGGAAGCCGAACCGUGGAAUGGUACAGGCGGUGGGAGGCCUCAUUAGGGAAAGCGCGCCUCAGUUUAAGAACAGCUUUGGUUUAAGAACGGAUUUCCGGAACGGAUUAAGUUCGUAAACCAAGGUACCACUGUAUUGCAAGAAUUCCAUUUAGUCCUAAUCCCCAUUUCCCCUUAGAAUAGUGUUUUCCCACCCUUGGGGUCUCCAGCUGUCGUUGGACUACAACUCCCAUCAUCCAUCACCACAGGAGCUGGAGUCCAGCCACAGAUGGAGGGCACUGCGUUGACUACCGCUGCUCCGCGUGUCGAUGCCCUAUGUGAGCUAACAACACAUGAGUAGGGCUGAGGUCACUCUAAAAAUGGAAAAUUUUCCACAGGCAAGGGGUGGGAAUACAGUGAUGGAAACAUUUCUGCCUCGUGUUCAUUUCGCUUUCUGUCUCGCCAGGAUACUCUGUUUUCCUACAUCAAAGACAACAUCCGAGAGUACCUUCGUGCGCACUGGGAGGAAGAGGAGUGCCAAGAAGACGUCGGCCUUCUGAGAAAACAGGUAAAGUCUUUGCUAUCCCUUCCUUUUCUUCUUCUUCUAAUAACAAUGAUUUUAUUAUUUAUAUUCUGCCCAUCUGACUAGGUUUCCCCAGCCACUCUGGGCGGCUCCCAACAAAAUAUUAGAAACACAAUAAAUCAUCAAACAUUAAAACAAGGCUGCCUUCAGAUGUCUUCUAAAAGUUAUGUUUCCCUUUAUCUCCUUGACAUCUGAUGGGAGGGUGUUCCACAGGGCGGGUGCCACCACCAAGAAGGCCCUCUGCCUGGUUCCCUGUAGCUUCAGGUCUUGCAAUGAGGAAACUGCCAGAAGGCCUUUGGAGGUGGACCUCAGUGUCUGGGCUGAGCAAUGGGGGUGGAGAUGCUUCUUCAGGUAUACAAGUAUUCUAGUCUUCUCUUGCUGUAGUCAGGACACCAGGUUUAGGACAAAGUCAUGAGUACAAAGUCAUGUUAAUCGCGGCACAUCGGUAGCAGGAAAGGACCUCUGGCUGAUCUUCAGCAAACAGGAUGCUGGAGUAGAUGGACCCUGAAUCUGACCCAGCUGGGCUCUUUGAAGUAGGAGUCCCCAUCACUGCUGAUAACAUUUUCUCACCGUUUCCCAAAGGCUGAAGAAGAUGCCCACAUGGAUGGAGUGGUGCCCAUCCCGCUGGAGACCAGGGAUGGAGAGGAGGAGGUGGAGCGCAUCAUCCAGGCCGUCAUAGACAACGUCCACUGGCAGAUGUCUUUAGACAGGAAGACAACCGCCUUAAAGCAGCUCCAAGGCCACAUAUGGAGGGCAGCGUACGAAAACGGCCGCCUGAAGGGAGAGUGAGUAUCUAGCGUUUAUGACACGAGCAGCCAGUGUGCAUUAUUGCCCCAUUGCUCCCGCCCUCCAAACCACAUUUAGAGAGGAUCUGCACAUGAAACCAGAAAACAUGGGGCUUUGACCCUAGCACUGGGCAGACUUCAGUCUUGCAGAAUCAACUUCCUGUUUGUUGGGGCAUUUUUUUGCUGAAGCCAGGUGCAAAAUGCAGACCCUUAGAAUGAAUUAAUUCUGAGUUUAGGGGUAUCAGAACUGAGUGGAAUAUCUUUUUUUUAAUUCAUUUUUAUUAAAUUUUCACUUUAACAAUCCAAUCAAAUCACAUUAAAUAUUCCAAAUUAUACAUAUGGAGAUCAAAUAAUCCAAAUAUUCUGCCAGAUUAUAAAUUUUUAAUAGGACUUCCCAUGCUUCAAGUUCGGAGAGUUCUGAUCAUCUCAUAUCUCUACUGCUUUUCAAAGUCAUUUCCGAUGGUUCCUCUAAUUCUUCCUGUUGUUAACCUUCCUUCUUUCACGGCCUCUGAGUUAUUCCCACAAGCGAGUUAAAACAAGCAAUGAUGUGUUUCUGAGAGGAAUAUCUUGAGUAUCAAGACUGAAUGGACACACAUCCAUUCCUGGUCCUUCCCCCACCCCUGAUUUCUUCGUUUCAGCAGCAUACUUUAGGAUGGGAUUCUUGUUGUUAUCAUCCAGUGUUGGGAUGGGUGUCUGUAUACAUCUCUUCAUAAUUUAGAGACACACUGUCAGGGAACUGCCAUUGGAGCCAGGGGGAGAGGGAGGGCUCCAGAGGGAUUCCGGAGAGCGUCCCGGGAGGGAGAGAAGCGGCACAUCUUCUGGGGAAGGAAAUCAGCGUAGCACCAGUGGAGAAGGGGGGCAGAUGGGGGUAUCGGCGAGGUGGCUCCAUGACUCUUCGCCGGGGACCAGUGGGGAGAGCACGGGUCCUCCGCUGCCCACACCCUCCCUGCGCAGAAGGCUUCUGCGCAGGGAAACUAGGCGGAGACUAGGCGUCAAAGAACUUCUUUGCUGGAAGAAGUUCAAAAAAUGCCCACUGACGGAUUCUGCCAGCGAUUGAGACAGCCACGGACGAGUGGCUGUCCGGACAGAAAAGGUUCACUCAGGCAACCCAGGCAGGUGUGGCGCCGAUUUACGCACGAGCAACCCCUAGAACCAUUACACACACAUAGAAUCCUAGAACCAUAGAAUUGUCGAGUUGGAAAGGAUCCUGAGAAUUAUCUGGUCCAACCCAGGAAUCUCAGCUAAAGCAUCCCUGACAGGUGGCCCUCCAACGUCUGCUUAAAAACCUGCAUGGAAGGAGAGUCCACCACCUCCCGAGGGAGACCGUUUAUUAUCGGAACGUUUUUGUUCCUGUAAUUCUAAGGUGCAUCAGGUCUUCUUGUGCAUUUGUGGAAUGUGGCUGUCCAGCAAAUUCUGCAUACAAAUAAGGCAAGCACUGUUGUCUCUUCAAGAUAUUUUGCCGCCUCAUGCGUUGCUGUUCCCCGUCCAUUACAGGUUCUUUGAUGAUGUGGUUCCAGCAGUCAGGAAAUGGAGAGAAGCAGGGAUGAAAGUGUACAUCUAUUCCUCUGGGAGUGUUGAGGCGCAAAAGCUCUUUUUUGGGAACUCUACGGAAGGCGAUAUUUGCGAGGUAGGCACUGCGCUGAAAGGUUUGUCUCCUUUCUUUGUCUUUCCAGCUUCUUCCACCCUAAAACGGUCUCACUUCCAGCUUCUCUCAGGUACAGAGUGUCUGUUUGCAUUCACAAGAUGGAGGAUAAGGCCUUCAAGUAACCUUGAUGGUUAUGUUCUGCCUCCGCUGUUGGAGACAGCUUGCCUUGAACUAAAGGGUCCCUUCCAAUGCUGUGAUUCUAUGUCCUUGAGACAAUAAAAUGGGCAAAAGCAGAGAAGACAUGCAGUGAAGGAAUUAAGCGGCAGACUGGAAUGUUCCACUUCACAUUGCAGCUCAAGGAAUUCCCAUCUCCUCCUUCUUCCAUGCUCCUUUAUUUAGUGAAAAAAAUGAAAUUUACUUGCAAGCGGAAUACAAGCACAAUGGGGAGCAGGCUGAAUUAGAACGCUUUGCUCUGCUGUGCAUUUUAAUUUUAUUGCAUUGAGAGUUUUGGAAACAUCUGGGUGUCCUGCGAUUUUACUGAAGAACACAAGGUUGACUUGCAUUAAAAAUCAGGGUGCUUGUAGAACUUGUACUGUUAAAACGGAAAUGGGUCGAACCAUCGCAAGAGGUGUUGAAAUUUUGGGAGGUUGGAUAGUUACAAUGGCAUGGUCUCGGUGGUGGGGUGCACAUUUUUACUCAUUUAUUUAUGAUUAUUACUUUGUCAAAAUAAAAAUAAUAAAAAAGAAUGUGUAAAAUGUAAAUAAAUGUAUUUUUUUAAAAAAAAUCAGCACAGUGCAGAAAUAAAAAUGCAAAAUACUAUUUAUUAAAAAUCCUGAAAUCUAAAUCAGAGCUUUUUUUUUUUAAGGGCACAUAUCCUCUCGCAGCAUGAAGUGGUACAGGCUGUUUUUACCCCCACAUUCUGCUCCAGAGGGGUCUUCACAAUCUAACCAGGACUCUAACUUCUGUUAAAUUUUGCAAACUGGGGGAAGAAACCGCUUUUUCUGCAAUCGAGCAGUGUAGAAUUUUUAUGAAAUAAGUAGUAGACACGUUAGAAACUAUUCUAUAUCAUCACAACAUCAGUUAAUGCAAAUGUCAGUCCGUACAAUGUAAAACAGUACGAAUAAGCUGGCCUAAUUUAACAUCUUAAACUAAGCAACAUUGCGUUAAAGAACAGACCGAGCCAACAAGCGAGAAAAACGAUACUAACACAAAAAUGAAAGAAGAGCAUGAGAAACGUUAAACCUCUCCUUUAAAAACAAAAUGUCCUUCCUAAAUCUUCCAGCUAUUUGAUGGCCACUUUGACACCAAAAUUGGCCCGAAAGUGGACAGCGAGAGUUACCAGAGGAUCGCUGCAAGCAUUGGGUGUUCCACAAGCAACAUACUGUUCUUGACGGAUGUCACUCGGGGUAAGAAAGCAAGUUUGGUUGUUGUGAUCCUUAUCUUCUCGUAAGCCUGCCCAGAAGCUGUUUACUGUGAACUGCAUCCAUUUCAAGCACGAUUAUACAGUGGUACCUCGGGUUACAUACACUUCAGGUUACAUACACUUCAGGUUACAGACUCUGCUAACCCAGAAAUAGUACCUCGGCUUAAGAACUUUGCUUCAGGAUGAGAACAGAAAUCGUGCUCCGGCGGUGUGGCGGCAGCAGGAGGCCCCAAGCUAAAGUGGUGCUUCAGGUUAAGAACAGUUUCAGUUAAGAACGGACCUCCGGAACGAAUUAAGUACUAAACCCGAGGUACCACUGUACUGAUUUUAACAGUCAUGAGUACCCCCAGAGAAUCCUGGGAACUGUAGUUUAUUAAGGGGUGCUGUGAAUUGCUAGGAAAGUCCCUGUUCCUCUUAUGGAGCUGUGCUUGUCACAGCUAUAGUUCCCAGAGUGGGUUGUCCAUCUUUCCUUCCAGCAUUUGAGCAGUAAUAAGAUGGUUGUGUGUAUCUGGAUUCACCCUCUUCUGAUGGGUUAUUCUUGCUCUUUUCCCCUCAGAGGCAGAUGCCGCAGAAGAAGUCGACAUGCACGUGGCGAUAGUAGUCCGGCCGGGCAACGCGGGCCUGACAGACGACGAGAAAUCUUAUUAUAGACUCAUAACCUCUUUCAACGAACUCUUCUUGCCGUCCUCCACUUAAAGAAGCAAAUUUCUGCGUUUCUGUUAAGGAAAGAAAGGAUGAUACGGGAGCAACACCUGACCAAAAUCCUCCUUGUACUAUAAUACGGUAGUUUAUUGCUGGUGACAUAAAUUUUGGAAUUGAGAGCAUUGGGAUCCUUGGCCUUCCAGCGGCAGGAAUUCGAACCCGGUGUAGUUGAGACAUCUGCUGGUGUUGCAGGCACACCUCGGACCCAGCGGCUGCAAAGCCCUGGUUGUCAGCACAUCCUAGCUUGGGAAUUGCACGUGGAAGUCACGCAAACCACCAGGAGGAUAUUGUCCAUGGAAGGCCUUCUCGAGACGAAGGGGGCUGCCUAAGUUUACUUGCAGCCGCCGUUCAUCUCCAGAGGCUCCUCUGCAGGAGAUCCUUGCCGCGGGUUGUGCCCAGCAUGUUUACCUCAGACACACAUUCCCUUAGCUUCAUUCUCUCCUGCAAAUAAUAAACAAGUCUUUUAAGGUUUUUUAUGUUCUGCUGUUUUUGGUUUACAAGCAGGGGUGGGGAACAUCAGGAUCAGGGCCAAAUGCAGGCCUCUAUCCUGGCCCUGGGAUUCUCCUCAGGCCACACCCCUUCCUCAGGCCACGCCCUUCCUUGGGCCACACCCCUUCCUCUGGCCACGCCCCCACCUGGUUCUGCUCCUCUGGUGCGUUUAUCUAGCUGGAACGUGCCCCAAUCUUGCUUGUCUUAGUGAAGGAUGGAGAGAUUCGGGGAGCAGAGACACCAAAGCAUCGAGUUUUGCAUGCUGGAAUGUAGCCUGCUAUGCAAAGGUCGCAUUGUCUGCUCUGCUGAAGAGUUAACUAAUCCGCUGAGGAAAUAAGGUACUGAGACGAUGCAAAGCGAACUGACUUGCGGACCAAAAGCUGUAAACACUUUUGAAGGCCUUCCCAGGCGAAGCUUUCUGUGCCAAGGUGGUGCAUAUUUUGCCCACCCCCGUCCCAGCCUGUUUUGGGAAAUCUGUACAACGUUAGCAUAGCUAAUGUAUAGAUUGGCGGGGGAGGGAAGGAUUGUAUUUUCCCUUUACUGUGAUGCUGGGCAAAUACAAUCUCUCCCCUUCAGCUACUGAUAGGUUGAGCGUUUCGUGCAUUGCAGCUGCAGUCAAUUGGACUGUACCUGUGACAUCGAUGCCACAAAUCACACCAGUCAUUACUCCCUUGUACCAUUUUGUGACUCUUGAAUUCCCAAAAUGUCAUCUCCCCCCCCCCCCGACGUUUCACCCCACUGACCCCUUUCAAAGUCUGCUUGUUUUUUUGAGUCUCCAAGACAGGAGUGUGUAUCGCUUCAAAUUCAGUGCUCAGCUGUACCUUGCCAUACAGCUAUUUCCAGCCUACAAGGCUGCUCCUUCCUCUUUCCGUUCUGGUACAACUUCAGCCACACCGGACAGGGCGAAUACUGAGAGAAAGCAGUGUCAUUUUCCACACAAGCAACCACUUCCUUGCUUGUAAGUAAAUACUAUCGCAAGGCACUGUAACCAGGGCAUUGUCUUAAAGGCAUAUUUUGCAGCGGUCUUGGCCAGUAAUGAGCAGCUCUAUGUCUGGCCAGGACCUGGAUGGUAGAUGGCCGGGAACACUUAUGUCUUAAGAUAGGCAGAAUGCAGAAUAUAACAAACCACAUCCUCAUUGUAAACACUGUGAUACAACUUGGUUGUGGCUCCUCAUCGCCACCCAAAACUAUCAGAAGUGCAGUUUGUUAAUGGUGCUGAGAGUUUUCAGGAGAAUCCAUAUCACCUCACAGAGCAACAAUUCCCAGAAUUUCUUGGAAAGGGGGAUUGAGAAACAAUUCUGGAAACUGAUUGUUAUUGUUAAUGAUUGUUAAAGGGGUAUGAUACUGAUUUAAUAGUAUUGUGCAGAUGUGGCCAUAAGUAUAGCAAGUUACAUUCACAUUAUGAUGUAGGACCAGGGGGUGGGCAGGCUUUGUCCUAGGGAAAAGUCCUGCCCUAUGCAGAAGCCCAGAACAAGGCUUUGGCCUCUUCUGCGGCCUCUUCAGAAAUAAAGGGCUGUUAGAAACAGUGCACAUGAAUAUGUGAUCCACCCUGCUGCGUAAGGAUCCCAGUUCUCACUACAACCUUUGCAUGCUGGGAAACAAAACAUUUCCAAUGAAAUCCAUUUGAGCAAUAAAGCUUCUUCCUUGAGUAGCGAUGGGAAGCGUCCCUUUUGCUGCAGAUCUAUUCAAUGUCCGUGUGAUUGUCGCCUUGUAAUGCAUGUGUUGUCUUUAAACAAAUCUGUGGCCGAAAUGGAAGACCAGCAGCCAUGGCCCCUCUGUCUGAACUGGCUUCACUUCCGCCCACACACUUGUGGUAAAUAAAGGUUUGUCUUUAGUGUUUGUCAA